GCCAUAGAGGUGCUCGCCAUGGCUGAGUUUGGAGAUCUUUUAAGUGCUCUGGGGGAGUUUGGGCUGUAUCAGAAACUGCUGAUCCUGCUCCUCUCCCUCCCACUACUUCUCAAUCCUUUCCAAAUGAUUGCACAAGUGUUCAUGGUUGUGGAAGUGCCUCACCACUGUGACACCAGCUGGAUCCGCGCCGUCGGCCCCAACCUGACCGAGGAAGAGCAGCUGAACCUCACCCUGCCCCGGGGCGUCGACGGGGAGUUUGAGCAGUGCUCCAUGUACUCCCCGGUGGACUGGGACCUCGACUCCAUCAUGGCCUACGGCCUGAAUGACACACAGAAGUGCAGCAGUGGCUGGGUGUACCCCUCAGAACAGCCACCGUCCCUGCUGACCGAGUUUGACCUGGUGUGUGACAGGGCAGUCCUGAAUAACGUCUCCCAGUCCAUCUACAUGGCUGGGCUUCUCAUAGGAGCCACGAUCUUUGGGAUCCUAAGUGACAGGAUAGGCAGGCGGCCAGUCCUGCUCAUCUGCAUCCUCAUCCAGAGUGUGUUUGGCCUGGGAAUUGCCUUUGUGCCCCAUUUCUAUGUAUACACGGCCUUCAGGUGUGUCGUGGCAGCGGCGGUGUCAGGAAUUAUGAUUACUGUGGUGUCCCUGGCUACAGAAUGGGUUGGUGUCUCCUACCGGCCAAAGGCAGUGCUGAUUGCUCACACAGCUUUUGCCAUCGGGCAGAUGACGGUGGCUGGCUUGAGUUACGGAAUUCGCAACUGGAGGCUGCUGGAAAUCACAGGAUCUGCUCCUAUGUUUGCCCUUUUCUUCUACAUCUGGGUGCUCCCAGAGUCAGCUCGCUGGCUGGUGACCAAAGGCAGAAUCGAGGAAGCCAAGAAGGUCCUGCAGAAGGCGGCAGCCACCAACAAGCGCAGCCUCCCGCCAGGGCUCCUGGAGCAGUUGAAGCCUGAGCAAGACGUCAAAUCUGGAAGUUUCCUGGAUCUCUUUCGGAAGAAGGACCUGCGGAAGGUGACUUUAAUCAUGUUAUGUGUCUGGUUUGCAGACAGCAUUGUCUACUAUGGGCUGAGCCUCAGUGUGACAGAUUUUGGUCUGGACAUCUACCUGACACAGCUGGCCUUUGGGGCAGUGGAGCUUCCAGCUCGAAUUUCCUGCAUUUUCCUGCUGGAGUGGUUUGGGAGGAAGAAAGUGCAGGGCAUUCUCCUGCUGCUGGCUGGCCUGAUGUGUCUCAUCCUCACUGGCAUCCCUGAAGACCAGCCCACGGCAAUCACCGUCCUGGCCAUCAUCGGCAAGCUCACAGCCACAGCCACUUUCUCCACCUCCUAUGUCUAUGCCGCUGAGCUCUUCCCCACGAUCGUCAGGCAGACAGGCGUGGGGCUGUGCUCGACUAUGGCAAGAGUGGCCGGGAUCCUGGCCCCGCUGAUCAUCCCUCUGGACCAGUACCACCGGGCCAUCCCCAUGGCCAUCUUUGGGAGCAUCCCUGUGGUGGUGUCCCUGUUCUGCAUCCUGCUGCCCGAGACCCAAGGCGUUGACCUGGCAGAUGACACAGGGAAGGACCAACCUCCAGAUGGGGAGCAGAGACUGGAGAGUUUUUCUGAGACACCAGGGAGGAUGACAGGGACUUUGAGAAGGAUGUCUGCAGAUGCUCAGAGGGCGAGCGAUGACUGGACAGGCACCUACCAAUGAUCUAGUCCGAUUCCAUUGCUCUUGAAACAGACCAGCGAAGCAUUGCUGCCUGGAAACUGGUCUUUCAGAUGAUGAACACAAUAUCCACAGUCACAGGGAGUGGAGAUUUGUGUCACUCUGCCUUUGGAACAGAUGCACUUCUUUCCAAGUGUCCCUGAAACCCAGUUUGGUCAUGCCUGGCUGGCCUCCCAGUGUGUUCCCCAGUCCUUUGUAAGCUGGUACCCGUGGAACCUCCCUGUCAUGUUUUACAGCAAUAAAGAAUUGCCAGUAGAGUGGCCGUACUGGGCAAAAGCGGGCGCUGGGCUUGUCCCUCCUGCACUAAAUCCCUUGGGUCGUCGGGCUGCGCGUCGGCCCAAGCCUCGAUCUUUGAUCAGGAUGUCACUGCACCCCUGUACACACGUAUUUAGCUUUUCUUUCCAUGUGGUGUUGAAGUUGAGUUUCUACAUGAAUAAUAUAAAUUAUGCUCUGAGUUUGAUAAGAGACACUUGUAAUGCAAUAUGUGAAUAAUAAAUGGUGUUGACUCUUUUUUUUUUUUUUUUCCUACUGUUUCACA